AUGCUUCCAUCAUCAUCGAUAAGAAAAUUUGUUCCGAUCUGUUUAUUGUUGAUCAUUAGUAUUAAUUUAUUAAUUACAUCAUUGAAUGGACAUAAAAUCGGAGACGCCAUUCCAAUGUUAAAAAAGAUACAAUUUAAUGAGAAGAGAACUGAAUGGAGUGAGGUGCCAUAUGGAGAUGCUCCAAGAUAUGGAAUUCCAAAAAAGAUCACAAUCACUGGUGUUGCUGCUAUUUUAGAAGCCUUCCUUGAAACACCAAAGUCUCCAGCUGGUACCGAUAAAUAUUAUGAGGAAUUAAUUGCUCAAUCAAAGGAUGAUUUAAAGCUUUCAUUUGCUUUCCAUCACCCUAAUUUUGAAACUCCUUGGAUCACACUCUUUUCAAAGGGUACUCCCGAUGAGGUUACUAGCAAGAACAGUUAUCACUUUUUGAAGCAAAUUGAUUUUAUGUUCCUUUAUCAUGGAGAUACUAUUUUGGAAAUUAAACACUCUUUGGAAUAUUAUGAUGAAGAAGAUGAAGCCUCUAACCGUCCAUCAACAAUCAAUAACGAUAUUGUUGUUAAUUAUUAUUGGAAAGAAGUUGUGGAAAAGGAUACAUCUGCUGGAUUAACAUUCCUCUAUGUGAUUUCAUUCAUUUUUGGAUCUAUUAUUAUGAUUACAGGAGUUAGCCACAUUGGAUUCUAA